AGGCCGUAUUCUGCACAGCGCCCCAUCUAAUUAUUCAGAUUAUUCAGGUGUUGAAGAGAACGGAAGUGACGAUGAGACUGAGGCCCUUGACUCGGCGAAUAUGGACGCCUGUUGCGCUUUGAUGCGAGGACUUUAUCCUAGCAUUGGGGAUUUUAAGUGGUAUAUUCAGCAGAUCAACCCUAGAAUUGCGGAGGAUAGCGAGGAACUAGUAGCUCGACUUGCCCAGCGGAUGAUGAAUUGCUUAGAAACGAUACAGAACGCCAAUCCUAGGCAUCUACAAGAAUUUGAUACAAGAGAACCAUUCUUCUCUGCAGAUUUGCCCCCGGGUUAUCCACCACCGCCGACUCGAGAAAUGUCUCUAGGCGAAUUCGAAUGUUAUAUAUGUUACCGGGUAAAGCCCUUUGAAAACCCUUCGGAUUGGGUUGUACACAUUCAAGAAGACUUGCAGCUAUUUUCCUGUACUUGGCCGGAUUGUCACCAUACUGAGGCAUUCGGGAGGAAGUCUGAUUGGAUUCACCAUGAGAACGUAUUUCACAUUCGCGGGGGGCAAGUUUGUGCUGUAGAUGGCUGUGGCGAGACUUUCCCUACCAGAAGAGAAAUCCGUCAGCAUUUGGAUACGAAGCACGGGGGUGCGGAAAUAGAGAUGAACGGUGGCGAGGGACAUAAACCGGAACUGUAUCACACUCAGGUGGCAAGACUACCCCAAAACGAACCAUGUUGUUUCUGUCGAAAAACCUUUUCGUCUUGGACUGACCGCAGUUCUCAUCUAGCAAGGCAUAUGGAAUAUAUAAAUUUGCCGAUCCUAUGUCUCCUUGGCAAGAUACAUAGGGAAGAGAGCACGUCUAUAAAUAUAGAACGAGGGUCGACAUCGACGCCCGGGGAGAAUCUCUUGCAGAUGAGAGAUACGAGGCAUGUGUUCAGUUGGUUUGACAAGGAAGGCCUUGGGUCAAAGCCGACUUCGCAUCUCUAUUCGAAUAUACCAAUACCAACGACUCCUCGGAUUCCGGUCCGUGUUCCUGAGCCGGGACAUGGUCUAGGAUUAAAGCCCGCCGUAUCCGAGACGCGACUAUUGGAUUACUUCCUCUCAUCUGUGUGGCCUAUUGUGUUCCCGAUCUUUAAAGCAACAGAAUGUGAGGGUUUUGGGGAGGAAUUGAUUCUACCUUCGCUACAGGCCAACGAAAGUUAUCGUCAUUGUUGUUUGAUGAUGGCCGCCCAGAAUCGUAAAGCCAUUGCGGAUUUCUCGUCCUCUGACGACAUGAUGAUCAAUGUGAGCGAAUUCCCACGGUACCGCCAUAUGGUAAUUACGACGCUUCAAGGUUUAUUAAGUGCGGACACUGCUUAUGAGCGAGUCCUCGAAACAGUACUUGUCCUCAUCUUAUCUCAAUGCUGGGUUGGUCCAUGCACUGAAACAUUUCGUGAUCUGGAGUGGUCUUCGCAUAUGGCAGCCGCCUAUUCGCUUGUCAACAAGCUCGAUUACCCAGCUAAGAUCUCUGACCCGACAUAUCAAAUACCUUUCGAUAUGAGCCUGGUAGUUUGGAUUGACAUUCUGGGUUCUGCGAUGAUGGGUCGUGCGCCAGUAUUUAAGCAGAUCUACAAUGAAAAAUAUCUUUCUCAGACCAACAAUUCCCUGGGAUUGCGAAAUCUGAUGGGUUGCGAUGAUAACAUAAUGUACCUCAUCUCAGAGAUCGCCUGUCUCGAAGCACUCAAGAAGGACAGCAUGGACGCGGGCGACCUGCACUUGCAUAUCCGUCUCCUAAACGAUGAAUUAGUCCAGAGGGGCAACAUAAAGUCAACAAUGACAUUUGAUGCUGAUGAUUUGCUGAUUCCACAGGAACUCACAGGAGUUACUACAGCACUGUUCCACCUGGCUGCCCAAAUCUAUCUUUGUAGUCUAGAUCCCGGAUUCUUGCCAGAACAACCUUCCUGCGUAAAGUUAGUCGAAAAUGUCAUAAGCAAUCUGUUGCUAAUAUGGCCCGGACCCAACGGUUUCGAUCGAAGUCUUAUAUGGGUUUAUUUUAUAGCUGGAUCGUUCAGCACUGCGAGUUCGGGUUUUCGCGAAGAGUUUGAACACCGUGCUGUACAACUGGGCGACGCGGCAAAAUUUGGUAACUUCGGCCGGGUUGCGUGCGUGCUACGAGCAGUUUGGUUACAUAACGACACAUCGGAGGGAUACGUUCACUACAGAGAUAUCAUGCAGAGGGAGGGAUGGGAUUACUUGCUAAUUUAGCCCGCUUAUUAUGGCAGAUUUGGCGAUGUAAAUUUCUAGCGUUACUACGCGACAUACAGCAGAGUAUGGCGAAUAAAAAUAAUGAAAAAAGAAGAAAGCAGAAAACAAGGGAGACAGGAAGGUUAAGGUCGUACAAUCCCUCCUGUACAAAAUUUCAUUGUGCCGAGCCGUGCGACGCUGGCGCAGCGCCCCGUCAAAUCAUAUUGGACGAUGGCUGAAGCCUGAAAGAGCACAGCCGCCCCCAAGGGAUGAUCCCAUCCAGUCGAUUAAUCGGCACCAGGGAUUA